GGAACGUCAGCUCCCCAUUCGCUUGUUGACAACGAAUGCCUGCACCCCCGCGCAGCAUGGGGAAGACUAACAACGUACUUCGGCUGCCUCACGUUUUCGUGACAGUUCAGAACAGAUUUACGUGACAGCUCAGGACAGCGUUUGCGUGACAGCUCACGUUCAGGUGAAGCGCCUUCCUUUCAUAGACACUGGUUGACAUCUGUAACAAUAUGGAGAGGAUGCUACCGGAUGAAGUAGAUGACAGCAAAGUCUCCAGCAGUGGCAACUCCAAUUGUUCAACUAGGCCGUGUAGUUCACCAAUCACCGAUGCUUCUCGGACCACGGAUGUCUACGUCGUACAGAGCAACGAAAACUUCACCGAGAAAGUACGAGAGAACACUCCUGAGAACCUUCCCCUCGCCUUUGAGAAACCAACGCCGUUCUCUCGAAUAUACCACUACGUUUAUCUCGCUCGUCUAGAAAUUUUUUUCUUCGCCUACAUAUUCAGCCGCUUUAUGGUAAGCACGCCCAUAGGGGACCUCUUGCUUCACAAGGCCUGUCUGAACAGCCUGCAGUACAAUGCUUCCAUAUGUGAACAGUUGGAUCGCUAUCCCGACGUUAAGGACGCUGCAGAGAAAAUCGGCAGCAACUGCGGAAUGUUCAGGGUCAUUAUUUCCUUCGCUCCUUCGGCAGUCAUCGCUAUCUUCAUCGGCCCCUGGUGCGACAAGUAUGGCUACAAGACUCCAUUACUGAUAAGCAACGCCGGUUGCAUCAUCAGCACCACCUUGGUUCUUGCGACUGCUUACAUGAUGGCCCUACCUUUGUACUACGAUGUCCUAGCUGCGAUACCGGACGGUCUUAGUGGAGGCUUCAUCGCUGUCUUCAUGGCUGUGUACAGUGAAGCCACCGUAACGACUAAGGGAGGUCAGAGGCGCACAAAGUUUUUCCUUUUAAGUUUAUGCUUCAGUGCCGCAUUUCCGCUGGGUGGGCUCAUCGGUGGACAAAUCUACGGUCGAUUUGGCAUCUGCGUCGUUUUGCGGGCAUCCAUCUGUCUGUUAGUGAUCUGCCAACUUUGGGUUACGUUUGUAUUGACUGUGCCCGAAAGUGUGAAACUGCUGAAUCAUAGCUCAUGGACGAAGCUCCGCUCUUUCUUCAAGCUCGAGAACCUUGUGGAUGGGUUCCGGACGUGUGUACGAGAUAGACCCGGCACGGGGAAAGCACAGUUGUGGCUGAUAUUUGCAGCGCAAUCCCUCAUGAUCGUGGACAUGACGGCCUCAACCGUGGCCUACUACUUUGUGCGAAAGAUGUACUCUUGGAGCGUGGCCUACUACACCACAGUGAGCGCUGUGUCUUCGGGGGUCACGUACGCAUUCUACUUUCCCACCAUGUUUCUCUUCACCCGGGUGCUGCACGUAUCAGAUCUGUGGAUGGCUGCCGUAGGAACUUUCUUCGCUGUCGCCCAGUUCGUUAUAUGCGGGCUAGCUUACAAGGACUGGUUAUAUUACGUUCAGUUUGCCGUUGGCAUCCCUACGUUUUUAGGUAGCGUGGGCAUCCGAACUCACCUGUCGAAAAUCGUGGAAGGCCAUGAAAUCGGAAAGGUGUUCUCGUUCUUCGCAUGCUUCGAGUCCAUCCUUCCAAUUGCUGGAGAGGUCGUAUUCACCAAGAUCUUCCAGUGGUCUCUUGACUUCUUCCCAGGAAUGGUGUACCUCACAGCAGCUGCCCUUUCAUUCUGCGCCGUUCUGUUGCUCGGGUAUUGCAUCCACAUUUCGAGUCAUUCAUACGCUCCAAUGGAUGAAGAGAACGAAAGCAUUUGUGAAGACAAUUGCAACAUCAACACCUGAGCGUUUCUGCUGAGUGCUAUGUGUGAGAACCGACCACGGACUAUGCUUUGGCCAUAUUUGGGACAUGUUCCAACAUUAUCUUAUCGAUCCCGUCGAAGCUGUCCUGAACUCCGCUUCCAGAUUUAUCCUAUGUAACUGUGAUUUUAAUGCAUCCACAAUGGCAAUAAAAACCGAACCUGACGUAUUAAGUCUUUCAAUUCAGCUUCCUGACUGUGUUUCUUAUACAAAAUGUUUCUUCGCUCUUCAUCUGUUUCGACUUUUGAUGUCUCUGCCCCGCUUAGAUUGUUCUUUUAAGUUAAAGUGUCCUCCCUGUCAAACACUAGCUUUUUCAGAAAUCUCUCGUGGCACGUACCAUGAAAGAACGGAACUCUCUUCUUCAACUCAGCACAAGACUAAAACAAUUUAAAGACGUGCUUUUUCAUUAUUCACUCACGUGUAACACCUGAUUAUAUUUUGUAUUCUACGCUUGCUCAUUUAUCAACGUCUACAAACAUUUUGUGAAUGUUAUCAUUUUUUGUUGUUGCUGUUAAUUUAGUUUUGAUUGUUGUCGUGUCAAUAUGUGGUCAUGAAGAGUUACGUAUACCCUUUGUAUAUCCAUGACAUAUGUCCAACUUCUUUCUCCAAUGCCCUCUUUGGGCCCUGAAUGUACCUAAAUAGCACAAAUAACUGAAUAUUUAAAAUGCUGAAUAUGUAAUAUAUGCAUGUGCAAUACAAGAAAUAAAGGCACCAAACAUCUGC